AUAUGCGCUAUCAAAAUGCAUAUAUGCAUGCAAAUGCGCACUAAAACUUAUGUUACAUAAUCCCAUACAAAUGAUAGAGGCGGAAAUCUCGGUGGGUGUUAACCAUCUUGAGCCACCAAUCAAACAAUUUAGGUUAUCGCCCACUGAGGUUUUUGUCUAUCAAGUGUAUUGGAUUGCGUUACAGUGCUACUAAACUAAACUUUUUUCCCCAGCUAUAACACAGAUAUACUACACACAGAGGCUAUAAUGCCUCUGCAAUAAUCAGAGACUAUUGUCUAUUUACCAAAAAGGAGGUCUAUUUAUCAAUCAAGAAUAAAAUGUUGUCAAAUGUCAACACUUCAAGACAAUCAACAAAAAUGUUAUAAAAUAUUCUGUUAUAUAAAUGGCUUGUUAUUCUCUUUGAAUCGUGUUUGAAUCCUUCAAAGAAAAUGGCUGGACGUGAAGCUGUGAAGGCAGGAUGUAAAAUUGCUAGACCGGUUUUGUCUGUUGACCACUGUCAAGCUCAUAGACGUGUUAUGGGCCUGUACCGGGCCUAUUUUCGUUAUAUACCCUAUUUACUUAAACAUAUGGACAUCCCUAAAAAUCCACGGGACUGCAAAAUGAAGUUAAGGGAGUAUUUCUAUCAAAAUGCCUAUGUUACUGAUUUGCGUGUUAUUGAUAUACUGGUUAUAAAGGGCUUUAUGAAUUUGAAGGAGAUCACACACCAAUGGCAACAGAAGGGGCACGUGAUGGCCCACUGGCAUCCCACUCGUGAACCGAAACCAUGUGAUUUCAUUGGCAAGUUUUUAGCCAACGAAGAUUAACGACAUUUCGUUUUUAAAAAAUGGACAUACCUACCCAUUUAUCUAUAUUUUAAUAAUAAUAGAGGAUGGAAAGGCAUAAGGAAUUUACAAUAAAUGCCAUAUAAUACUCA